AUGGCGGGCGUCCACCGCGAGCUGCAGGAGUACCUGGCGCAGGGGAAGGCCGGCGGGGCGGCCGCGGAGCCGCUGCUCGCCGCGGGGGCGGCGGCGGAGCCCGCGGCGGGGGCGUGGCUGGGCCGCGCGGGCCUGCGCUGGGCGUGGGCGCCGAGCCCCGCGGAGCCGCAGCCGGAGCCGGAGCCGGGCUCGGCGGGCCUGCCGCCCGUGACGCGCGCGCAGCGGCUGGCGGCGGCCGGCGCGUGCCUGCUGCUGGCCGCGCUCUGCUUCGGCCUGGCGGCGCUGCACGCGCCCGUGCUACUGCUGCGCGCCCGCAAGUUCGCGCUGCUCUGGUCGCUGGGCUCGGCGCUGGCGCUGGCGGGGGCCGCCAUCCUGCGGGGCGGCGCGGCGUGCGGGCGCCUGCUGCGCGGCGAGGAGCGGCCCUCGCGGCCCGCGCUGCUGUACGCGGCGGCGCUGGGCGGCACGCUGUACGCCGCGCUGCGCCUGCGCAGCACGUGGCUCACGGCGCUGGGCGCCUGCGCGCAGGUGGCGGCGCUGCUGGCCGCGCUGCUGGCGCUGCUCCCACGCGGCGCAGGCCCCGCGCUCCGCCUGCUGCUCGGGCGGUGGGGCCCGGGCGCCCGCCUCGCCCAGGCGCUGCCGGUGUAG